AUGGAUGGAAAAGAAUUUGUGGCCGGAGGAUUUGGGGGAAUCGGUGGCGUUGUGGCCGGAUACCCACUUGACACGGUUAGAAUCCGACAACAAAACGGCCGAGAUGGUUCAGCAUUCGGCAUCCUCCGGAAUGUUGUAGCUAAAGAAGGACCAUUUGCCCUUUAUAAAGGCAUGGGUGCCCCUCUUGCCACUAUUACCUUUCAGAAUGCAUUGGUUUUUCAAUCCUAUGCCACAUUAUCUCGAGCAUUCGACCGGUUUAUUCCCCCUACCGAACCACCUUCUUACAAAAGCGUCGCUUUAGGAGGCACCGGAGCAGGUGCAAUUCAAAGCUUCGUGCUCACGCCUAUCGAACUCGUAAAGAUCCGACUACAACUACAGAAUCAAACCACACCUAAACAAUCCGAAACUGGCCCAUUGAGCCUCUCGAAGCACAUCGUGAGAACCGAAGGAUGGAAAGGCAUAUUCCGAGGCUUAAAAAUCACGGUUCUCAGAGACGCACCUUCAUUUGGUUUCUACUUUUGGACGUACGAAUACACGCGAGAGCAACUCCAUCCGGGCUGCCGGAAAAGCGGCCAAGAAAGCUGCACCACGAUGCUCGUCGCGGGAGGUCUGGCUGGAGUUGCGAGUUGGCUCUGCUGCUAUCCUCUAGACGUGGUUAAAACUCGACUUCAAGCUCAAACACCCACUUCAAAGAUCAAGUAUGAUGGAAUCGUGGAUUGCUUCCGGAAAAGUGUUAGAGACGAUGGCAACGGGGUGCUGUUUCGGGGACUCGGAAGCACCGUCUCUCGAGCUUUUGUCGUGAACGGAGCUGUUUUCAUGGCUUACGAAACAGCUUUACGAGUCUUGUUCAACACCAACGAUAGCAUGAACAACGAUAACUAA